AUGUCAACACUGUCUUUUGAGUCCCUUUGCUUAAAAGAGGAGGAGGAUUUUGACACAGACUUGGAGUCGGACGAAAACGAGGAGAGCCACCUGGAGGUGUCUGUACCUGACGUGUACCUCCAGGCCUGCAAGCUGGUGGGCGUAGUGCCAGUCUCCUACUUUUUACGAAACUAUGACUCUACAGCCAUGGACCUCACACACCACGGGCUGGGGCCUUUGGGGUGCAAGGCGCUUGCUAUUGCUUUAGUGUCUGACAUGAACAUCAACUCUCUGGAACUGGGAGAUAAUCACAUUCAAGCAGAGGGAGCCAAAUACCUCGCAGAGAUGCUGAGGUCUAAUUUCACCAUAAAGCGCCUGGAUUUGUCCAACAACUAUCUGAGGUCUGCAGGAGCUGAGCACGUAACUAAUGUGUUGCUGAACAACAUUUCACUAAAAUCCGUCAAACUUUCAGGAAAUGGUUUUACUGAUGAUGAUGCAAAAUAUUUUGCAGAUGCCCUGCUGACCAAUUCCAGAAUUAAGGAGCUGGACCUGAGCCACAAUGAGUUUUGUGGAAAAGGAGGGGAACAGUUGGGACAGUUGUUGGCAAACAACGAGGGUCUGGAGGUGCUGAAUCUUAGCUGGAACCAUUUUAGGAUGAAAGGGGCUGUGGCUCUUUGUGCUGGACUCAAGGUGAACAUGACGUUGACGCACCUCGACUUAUCGUGGAACGGUUUCGGUAACGAGGGCGCUCUGGCCAUGGGAGAGGCCCUCAAAUUCAACAACACUCUGGUCCACCUCAAUCUCAACAACAACCGCGUCACCAACGAGGGCGUCGGCAUGCUGUGCAGGGGUCUUGAGUUCAAUGACACGCUCCAGGUCCUACUGCUGGCUUACAACACUUUAACGGUAGAGGGAGCCCUGUCCCUGGUCAAUGUGGUGAAGAACACACCUAGAACUGCCCUGGAAGAGAUCAACAUAUGUAACGUGCGGGUGAAUGAGACCUUCGUGCAUCUGUUGGAGGUCACGUGUCAGGAGCAUCCCGGUCUGGAUGUGCAGUUUGGGGGAGUAGGAGGCUUCAUUGCCAAAAAGCCACCAAAACGCGUUGAUCCGAUGAAAGUCAUCCAAGACUAUUUGGAUCAACGCAAGCUUCGCCUGUGGGAUUUCUUUAGGAACAUUGACAAGGACGGCACAAUGCGAGUCCCUGUUGCUGACUUCCGGAAGGCCGUGCAGCAAUCGAGUAUUCCGUUGGAUCGGUACCAGAUCGAGGAGCUGAUUCAGAGACUCGAUCGCGACAGGACGGGCAUCGUAGACUACAGGGGACUGGCGGACACAAGGAAACAGAUGAUGAGGGAUCACCGCCGCCAGCUGAGGAAGGUCGAGUCCCGUCAGAAAAAGGAGAAGCAGAAGAGCGACCGCAUACUCAAGACCUUCCAGAGCGCCGUGGAGGCCGCGACGCCGCACGGCUCGAUCGUCAUAUCCCCCGGAGGGGCCAGAGAGGGUUCCAGUGGCCCUCGGCACUUCUCCGCCACGCCUCUGAGUUCCUGGCACCACAUGGUCGUGUCCAACGGCAGCCGCUACUCCGUCAGCAACCUGAGCAACGAGCUCGGCCGCCUGCCGGCGUCGCCGCUGCGUCCCGCCGGCUCCUCGGCCCUGCGCUCCUACUCCCAGCCCAACCUGCUGGGGGACUCGGCCCGCUCCUCUCCGGGGAAUCCGGCCUCCGCACAGGGCGCGCACUCUGAUCCGGAGGUGGCCUACAGCAAGCCGAGUCCCAGCGCGUUGCCCCUGACCAGGUCCCGGUCCGCUCUGGGUGCCGAGCAGCCAGCGGUGAAAGCCAAGUCCAAGAGAGUUAGGAAAAAGAAAUCCACCAAACGGAGGGAUUAAAGACGCGGGAUUGUAAAGCUGAAUAUAUAAAAUGACUGUUUACUACUUUGUAACACAUAAUUAGUAAAUAAAGAUACAUUGUCAAGAAAUGACCAAUGUGGGGAGUAUAU